AUGGACGACCACUGGAGCAAGCACAGCGCAUCGCCGACGCCUACGGGGUACCUGAUGCAGCCGACCUUUGAGGAGGAGGCGCCGGCGCGGGUGCGGCGGUUCUUGCAAGGCUUCAGACGGGAUCCGCAGUCCGAGUUUUACUCGAGGGACCAUGCGGACACGAUUGUGCGCUCGAAUGUUGGCCCGUACUACGACCUGCGUAGCGCUACCGUUGAGAAUGCACAGACGGGAGGAUUGAUGCGCAGUCUAAAGGGACGCCACCUCCAGAUGAUAGCGAUAGGCGGUUCAGUCGGAGCAGGAUUAUUUGUCGCCAGUGGCAAGGCCCUCGCCGUCGGCGGCCCUGCAUCGCUAUUAUUGGCAUUCUCAGUUGUUGGCAUUAUGCUGUUCUGUACCUGCCAAGCCCUUGGUGAGCUAGCAGUCGUGUUCCCGAUUGCCGGGUCCUUUUCAUCCUGGUCUACGCGAUUUUUAGACCCUUCAUGGGGAUUUGCCAUGGGCUGGAACUAUGCACUGCAAUGGCUGUCUGUACUGCCGCUGGAGGUCAUUGCCGCCUCACUUACCAUUGAGUAUUGGAACAAUUCUCUUCCAAGAAGCGUCUUCGUCACCAUUUUCUUAUUCGUCAUCCUGACCAUCAACAUGUUUGGGGUCAAAGGGUACGGAGAAGCAGAAUACAUCUUUUCCAUGGUCAAGGUGAUUGCCAUCAUUGGCUUCAUCCUUCUUGCCAUUGUGAUGAACCUCGGCGGCACGCCGGACCGGGGCUACAUUGGCGGCGAAUACUGGCACAAGCCCGGUGCCUUCCACAACGGCUUCAAGGGCAUCUGCAGCGUCUUCACGACGGCGGCCUUUGCUUUCGCUGGUACAGAGCUCGUGGGGCUUGCCGCCGCGGAGACGGCCGCGCCGCGCAAGUCGCUGCCCACGGCCAUCAAGCAGGUCUUCUGGCGCAUCACGCUCUUCUACGUCGUCGCGCUGACGCUCGUCGGCCUGCUGGUGCCGUACGACAGCCCGCGCCUCUUUGGCGGCACGAGCCAGGUCGACGCCAACACGUCGCCCUUUGUCAUCGCCAUCGAGGACGCGGGCAUCCAGAUCCUGCCGUCCGUCAUGAACGCCGUCAUCCUCAUCGCCAUCCUGUCCGUCGGCAACUCGGCCGUGUUUGGCUCCACGCGCACGCUCGCCGCCAUGGCCAACCUGCGCCAGGCGCCGCGUAUCCUCGGCUACGUCGACCGCAAGGGCCGCCCGCUGGUGGCCAUUUCCCUCGCCGCGCUGAUUGGCGUGCUCGCGUACCUCGCGGACCUGAAGCAGCAGCGUGUCGUGCUCGAGUGGCUGCUGACGGCGUCGGGCCUGUCCUCCAUCUUCACCUGGGGUUCCAUCUGCCUCUGCCACAUCCGCUUCCGCCGCGCGUGGGCCGCCCACGGCCACGAGCCCGCCGAGCUGCCCUUCCAGGCGCACUUUGGCGUGGCGGGCUCGUACGUCGGGCUCGCGCUCAACUGCUUGGUGAUUGUCACGCAGUUCUGGGUGGGCGUGUCGCCGGUCAACUCGGAGCACAUGGCCACGCGGGAUAUUGUAGAAAACUUCUUCCUCAAGUGGAUGGGCGCGCCGGUCGUGUUUGUCUUCUUCAUCGGGCACAAGCUGUAUUAUAGAACACGAUACGUCAAGAUUGAGGAUUUGGACGUUGAUACGGGGCGGCGGCAGUUUAACCUACCGAUACUAAUAGCCCAGGAAAAGGAGGAGCGGGAGAACUGGCCGCGAUGGAAAGUCUUUUACAAGGCGAUAUGCUAA